AUGGAGAAUAACAUCUACGCAGGUUAUGGAAAGAGCGAGCUCAACGUGGAAAAAAAGCGCAGAGCUCUGUCAGAGGCGGCUGAGCGACGGGAGCUGGUCAUGGAUUACAGCUUUGUGAAGACUGAGCAAGACAAAACCAAGCGAGUCCAGAUUGCACAGUUUGAGGAGCAGUUGGCGGAUGAGCUAGCAAAAAGAAAAGCCGAGCAAAUGCGUCACGAUAUGGAUCGUCGCCGAAUCUGUGACGGUUCUGAAGAGCUUCGGGUUUUGAAGGAAAGGCUUCACAUGGCCAAGGUCAACAAGGAGCGUGCCCAACAGCUGCUGGAAAUCGAGGUUCGUAAAGAGAAGGACCGGAUCACUGGCCACUUGUUGGCUGAGCACAUGGAGAAUGAGAGGUUGGAGCAACAGGAGCUGGAGCACAAGCUCGACAUUGAGAAGAAGAGACAACGAGAGCGUGUGAAGGUGAUCAACCAGCAGCAGAUUGCGAUGAAGGAGGCACAAAGAGAGGAAGCUUUGCAAGAGUACAUGAAGGAGCGCAACCAAGUGGAAGAGCUUGUGGCCAAGAUCGCUGACGAGGAUGCGAACGAGGCGAAAGCGCGCGCUGAGAAGCAAAUGGAGUCACGAAUCAUGUUGCAGCAGUUUAUGGUGGAGCAGAAAGCAAACCAGGAGAAAAUGGAGGCGGAAGAGAAGGCCGAGAAUGAGCGCAUUGAGCAAUUUGCUCGUGACAAACGUGAACGGGAGGAACGAUUGGAGCAAGAGCGACAGGAAAAGGAGAAGGAGAAGCUUCGCAUUCUCAAUGCCAUGCUGGGCCAGAUGGAGGCCAAGAACAAAGAAGCGGAGGAGCUGGAAUUGCUGCGCAACGAUUUGCACCUGGAAGAACUGGAAGCUGAGUCGCGCAGACGCGAAGAGAUGCAGAUGCGCAAGAAGCUGGAAGACAAAGAGGAGAUGAAGAACGCUUAUCUCGUUCAGAUGCGAGCUAAAGAGGAAAAGAUGAUGCGUGCUCGUGAGGAAGAGGCAAGAAUGCGCGAAGAGUUGCUGAAAAAGUUUGCUGAAGAUGAUCGUUUGGAGCAGCUGAACGAGCAGAAGCGGCGCAUGAAGGUCGAACAGCACAAGCGCGAGGCAGAGCGGCUGGUGGAGCUUCGGCGCGAGAUGUAUGAACUUGCUCGGGCUCAAGAACGUGAAGAGCAAGAAGCUCUGCGAAAGGAUGAGGACAAGCGCCGCCUGAUCAUAGAGGACGAGCGCCGAAGGCUCCUUCGUGAACACGGGCUGGAGUUGAAGAAGUUUCUGCCAAAGCACACCCUGGAAAGCAUGGAGGACUACAAGCUGCUAUUCGGCGAGGAUAUGUCGCCAUGA